AUGACCCUUGAUUAUUCCAUCCACCCUGUUGUUUCAAGUGACCUUCCCGCCCUCGGGAAGUUUAUUCACUCCGCCAAACUCUCUCUGAGCAUCAACCGCCUCAUCUUCCUUGACUGGCCAAAUGAGAAACUCCAGAGCGAGAGCUACUACCAAGCCGUGCAAAGCGGAUAUGCUAAUCCAGCAGCUGAAUGUUUUAAAGCGGUCGACAAUGUGACCAAAGAGAUAAUCGGCUACAUUGUCCUGGAGCGUAAACAGCCCGAAGAAUCGGAAAAUACUGAUCGGGAAGUCGAAGCCGAGGGUAGCAUUCCAGGUGGAGUGAACCCACCACUUCUCGCCGAGGUUAGCAAUGCGACGAGACGGAUCGCAAUGGAGGUUGAGGGGACACAUCGCUUCGAUGUGAUAUAUAUGUGUGUGAAACCUUCUGUUCAGAGACGUGGUGUUGGCUCCACGUUAGUCCAGCUGGGCUUUGAUCGAGCCAAGGCCGAGGGAAUUCCACUGGCUGUUUGUGCUGAAGCUCCUUCUAUACCUUUCUUUGAUAAACUCGAAUUCAAGGAAACGGUGCAUUUCGAUAUCGAUUUGCGGAAAUACGCGACAGCCAAUAGUGGGUUUGGGGUGUUCCGUCUGGCUGGAAUGAUGUGGCAUCCUUAA